AUGAGUUCUGACGACAGAGUGGUCAGCUACUACAAAUACGACCCCAGCCAUGUGCUGCCUGCAGUCUUUGCAGGUGUCGUAUUUCUUAGCUUGGUCACACACACCUGGCAAAACUUUCGCUAUGGCUUCUGGAGAGUGACCUUCUGGGCAUUCUGGGGCGGCCUACUUUUCACGGUUGGCUGGAUCUUGCGAUGCUGGAGCAGCUAUCACCCCGAUAAUAUGAAUUUGUUCAUCGCACAAGCGGUCUUCAUCUAUCUUGCUCCUCCCGUUUACUCUGCUGCGGCAUAUAACGUCGUCGGUCGACUAAUGAACUACCUUCCAAUGCACGCCGUAUUCCACCCCGACCGCGUUCUCAUGGUUUUUGUGUACGCCGGUGCCGCAGUUGAAGGCAUCACCGUGGCAGGCGCAGCAAAGAAUGCAGCGGCGGGAGAUGAUUUGAAUCAAUACAAGAGUGGCGGUGUUCUCAUUGCAGUUGGCCUCAUCCUCCAGGCCGCCGUGGAAGGCCUGGUAAUCACCGUUGUCGCGAUGGUGCAUACUCGAGCUGCGAGAGCGGGAACAGUCCCCCGCAAUGUGUCCACUCUUUGCGUGACACUAUAUGGCACUUCUACUUUCGUCUUGCUACGCUGCAUCUUCCGCGCCGUCGAGUCGUUUGAGAUGUUCGGCAACCUCGGCUGCACCGACAACUGUGGCCCGAUUCUCAGCAAUGAAUGGUAUCUGUUUGCGUUUGAGCUGGGACCCAUGUUGAUCUUUACUUUCUGGUUGAAUUUGCUUCAUCCUGGUCGCUAUCUGCCUCGGAAUAAGACACGCUAUCUUGACACUGAUGGUCGUACCGAGCGUAUGGGACCUGGGUGGAGCGACCGCCGCGAUCCGUGGGAAACAUUCAUUGACCCUCUUGAUUUCCAGGGUAAGAUGAAAGGAGAAGUUUCUCACGAUCAGUAUUGGUUGAGGCCCAAUGAAUGGUCUAUCUGCGAGGACGGUAGCUUUGCCAAGGGAACUGCAUCGAAUAUGAAGCUGAGGUCAGCCAGCAAGGAGAGGGCUUUGCGGCCAGCCGAAGUCUAG